AUGCAAGCUGCAUCUCGAAUCAGUCCAUUACGAGUUUGGACCAGCCGUGCUGUUGUCCGUUCUUCCGCGAUCGCCGCCAGUCAACAACAGAGACGUUUGGCGAGCACGGUGGCAGCUGCCCCUAAAAAAUAUUCCAAAUGGAGAAUGGUGAAGACCGGCUUGAAAGUCGGAACAGUGGGUGCUAUUGCGUAUGGAAGUUAUGCCAUGUGGGAGCACCGUCAUCCCACGACUCAGGACGAGAUCGAUCCUGCCAAGAAGACAAUUGUUGUUCUCGGUAGCGGUUGGGCAUCGACAUCAUUUUUAAAGGCUAUUGAUACCGAUCAGUAUAAUGUGGUUGUCGUAUCACCGAGAAAUUAUUUCUUAUUCACUCCUUUGUUGCCAAGCUGCACUGUCGGUACGGUUGACGUGCGUUCCAUUGUCGAACCUGUGCGAUUCAUCACUCGUCACAAGUCUCGCGUUGUCAAGGUGUAUGAGGCUGAGUGUACCGAAAUCGAUCCCGAGAAGAAGGAAAUCACCAUCAUUGAUAACUCCGAAGUCAAGGGAUCGCAAGAGAUCAGCACCUUGCCCUACGAUUACUUGGUGAUUGGUGUGGGUGCCACUAACCAGACUUUUGGUAUCAAGGGUGUGGAGCAAUACGGUUGUUUCCUCAAGGAAGUGUGGGAUGCGCAAAGAAUCCGAACCAAGUUGAUGGACUGUAUUGAAACGGCUGCUUUCCCUGGCCAAUCCUCCGAGGAAAUUGACCGCUUGUUGCAUAUGGUCGUCGUCGGUGGUGGGCCUACCGGUAUCGAAUAUGCUGCUGAAUUGCAUGAUUUCUUGAUGGAUGAUCUUACAGCCUGGUAUCCUGAAUUGGCUGGUAAGGUCAAGAUUACAUUGGUGGAAGCUUUGCCGAAUGUAUUGCCGGCGUUCUCCAAGCAGUUGAUCGAUUACACCGAAUCCACUUUCAAGGAACAAAACAUCACGAUUCACACCAAGACCAUGGUCAAGGAAGUUCGUGAAAAGGAAAUCGUUGUUCAACGCCCUGACGGUGUUGCAGAUACCAUUCCCUAUGGUUUGUUAGUGUGGGCCACGGGUAACACUUCUCGACCUCUGAUUCGCAAUCUGAUGGAGAAGUUCCCCGAGACUCAGACCAUUCGCCGAGGAUUGACUGUGGACGACUGGUUGCGUCUCAAGGGCAGUGAGGAUAUCUUUGCCGUGGGUGAUGCUACUGCCACCAAAUACGCCCCUACCGCUCAGGUCGCUGCCCAGCAGGGCAAAUAUUUGGCACGCGUUUUCCAACUGUUGGCCGCACGAGAAAAUUUGGAAUCGGAGAUUGAGCAAGCAACGACUUUGGAUGAGAAGCAGAAGAAGGAGCGCAAAUUGCAAAAGGUGAAAGACAUCAAGCCCUUCCAUUACUCUCAUCAAGGAUCCCUGUGUUACAUCGGCUCCGACAAAGCCAUUGCUGAUUUGCCUUUUGGUCAAGGCAACUUGGCCUCCGGUGGUGUUGCCACUUACGCUUUCUGGCGUUCCGCUUAUGUUUCCAACUUGUUCUCGGGACGUAACCGCGCACUUGUCAUCACAGAUUGGUUGAAGAAGACGGCUUUGGGUCGUGACAUUUCGAGAGAAUAG